AUGGCUUUCGCAAUACAAGAACGUGACCAGGCACGAGGACAUGAGACGGCGUCGUAUGAAGUGAUCGAUGGAAAUUCUCAAGCAGAAGCGCUAGACCUUGAUGAUGAAGAUGUAAGAGUGCUUAUUGUUAUACACAGGCGACAAGCUGUGGACGAUGACGAAAAUGAUGAUGAGCCAAGGAUCGACCAUGACAUCUCCGUCGGCAACACUGAAGCAAAGGCGGCCACUGCUCCUGCUCGUGAGCCGCUGAUGUCGUUUGGGGAAGUUGUCGCCGUGCUCUCGAAUCCUUUUGUUGAAAACAAACGCUGCUUUGAGAGAAUUUGCGGAAUGCAUUCAAAAAACAAGGAAGUCGCACCAAUCGAUGAAAUGCUUGAGAAUGGUCUUCUGAACGCGCUCGACGACACGGUUCGAUUCAAAUUUGCCGAUUUGGUCGAUCAUCAACAUCGUUGCGAGAACAAAUUGAUGACUUUCAAAAGUUUCCCUUCUUUGCCGUCUCUUUUCAAAACAAAAACAAAUUCUGAAGAAAUCGAAGGUGUUCGAGGCACUUCAAUUGCUGAAAGUGAAUCACGAUCUGCACUCAUUCGUCCUGUUUUACCGGCCCAUCGCGUCGAGUAUCGGGGUGUCGAAGUAACGCUGUUCAACGCGAAGAUCGAGGAGAAAGACGGUCGGAUUGUGGCAUCACCCUAUCUUCUCGCUUUUUUUUCUCGAGCGACGAACUCGCUCGGUUCUCUCAAUGUA